AUGGUGAAGAACGGAGACUAUAGAAACUGGGCGGGGCUUCCACCGGAUAUAACGUCGUCAAUCCUGCUCCGUCUUAGCUCGAUUGACAUUCUGGAAAAUGCUCAGAAAGUAUGUAGAUCGUGGCGUCGCGUCGCGUCUGUAAAGACCCUUCGAUGUGGAGGAAAAUCGACAUGGACAACCUCGGAGACUUGGGAGCCAUGA